UUUACCUUUUCAGUGAGCGGAACGUGACAGAAAAACAGUUGAAACUUGAAACUCUUCCUUCUUCCUCCUUCUCUCGAGGUUUAGGAACUCCCUUAACUGAAUUUAUGAUUACUCUCGACAACCUGAGAGAACAGCAUCUGCUACCAUUUCCAGUCUAGAAAAAAUAGCAUCUACUGACGACCAAGUUUCUACCGGUCUGCCAACCCGACCAAACCAUAGGUUUGCAGGCUUACAAGCAGCUCCUUCCGUUCGCCAGACGAAUUGCAAACCAGGUCGGAUCGUCAGAUCUGUUACCGUACCGAAACGAAAGAUCCAUCACCGGAAGCGCGGACUCAUUGCACGGUGGCAUUUUUACGAUUGAUCAGAGGUAUCGAUCAUUCGUCUCCCAUGGUGCUGCAGUCGCACGCGCGAGUGCUUGGUGGAGCGGGUGGAAGGUUGCAAUAGCAUGUCCGCUUCCCCUUCCGCCACUCUUUGCCCUCCGUCUGUCCGACGUGGUGAUUUCGCUCACACCCCCUGCUAUUGUGAGGAGAAUGUCUACUUACUUUGCAAGCAGUUGUGUACUUCUGGAUUGAGUGGUAUAGGAGGCAUGGACCUUUUUGUUGUUUUCAUAUCUAAUGACAGAAAACAGGUACCAUUAUGGCAUCAGCGGGCAAGUGUAAGAACUGAUGGACUUGUUCUAUGGGAUUACCAUGUAGUCUGUAUUCAGACAAGUGGAGAAGGAAAUGCUCUUGUCGUAUGGGAUUUGGAUUCAACACUUCCCUUUCCUGUUUUGUUGGCCCAGUAUGUGUUUGAAGCCAUCCAGCCAUCUGCUCAAUUGUAUCCAGUCUUCCGCAGGCUUUUCAGAGUGGUGCAUGCUCCACUUUUUCUUCAUCACUUUGCAUCUGAUCGGCGACACAUGAAGGAUGCAGAUGGAAAUUGGAUUUCACCUCCUCCAACAUCUAACCCUAUUGUUGGUGUUGAUGGUAUCCUGAACAAUCUCGAUCAGUACAUGACAAUUCGCACUGAGGAGGUUGCAAACACAGUACAGGAUGCAUUGCGUAGCGUAUUCUUGCAGCCCUUAGGUGUGGUGGUUUCUGAAACACAGUUGGAAGAGUUCUUCACAAGAAUCCCACUUCACCAACCUAGUACUAAUCAGCUACUGGAAACCAAUCCUCUAGGAUAACGGAAGAUGUUUUUUGUGAUGUUAAUACCAUACUUUUUGUAACGUCAAGUAUACUUUCUGUUGAACGAAAAAGCAUUUCUGAUUGA